AUGCCUCCUAAACGACGCGCCUACGAGGCCAUUGACCUCACAGGAGACGACGAUGCGCCCGCCUACUCUUCGAGCCCGCACCGCGCACCCAAGCAAGCUCGUACAUCGUACAACCAAGCGCAACGCAUCACAUCUGGCUCGUCGCAAGCAGACGCCAUCUUUAUCGACGAAGACGACGAAGACGACGCCUCUCAAGAAGUCCCGGAUGCGACGCAAGCAUACAACCAGCAGCAGUACGACUACAUAUUAUACGGCAUCAAGGACGACAAGGUUGUGGGCUUGCGAUUCUACAACGGAUACGCAACGAAGGGCGAGAUGGUGGUUCUGAGUCGCGAACCCCACAAUAGUUUUGACAGUAAUGCGAUCAAAGUGAGCAACGUACAAGGUGUACAGAUCGGACACCUUCCACGAGGACCCGCAUCCAAGUUGGCCAAAUACAUGGACGAGCGCAGUCUGCUUAUCGAGGCACAGCUCACAGGGGAGAAGGGCGAAUAUGACUGCCCUAUGCAGCUGAAGCUAUACGGCACUAAUGACCCAGCCGUGAGGCAACAGCUCAUGACACGAAUGCGACGCGACGGACUUCCUAUCGGACAUGCUUCAGACCAACAGCGCAAGGAAGCUGCGGCUGCGAAGGCGGCUGCGAAGGAACGCGAGCGUAUAGCCAAGCAAGCCGCCAAAGAGGCCAAAAAGAAGGGCGCUGCCGUCGUGGGUGUUGCGGGUAGCCAGGCACCCGAGAGUAGCAUGGGCGAAUUUGCUGCUAGCUCUUCACAGGGACCCGGUCUCGUGCCAGGGCCUAGUAUGGAGGACAUCAUCGGCGGAAGCCUACGCUUCAACCCAAGAAACGUCGAGGAGAUGGUGGAAGAGUACGGCGUCAAGGAAGAAGACCUGGCGAAAAUGCCACAAGCGCCCCAACCCGACGCUCUUCUUACUGAGCUGCACCCCUUCCAGCUACAAGGCCUGCAAUGGAUGCUCGACAAGGAAAGCCCCAGACUACCAGCACCGAACACCAAAGAAGUGGUCCAGCUAUGGCGACGACACACUCGCGACCAGAACGCCUUCACGAACGUAGCAACGAGCUUCUCGAUCAAGAAUCCAACACUAGCUUCUGGGGGUAUCCUGGCCGAUGACAUGGGCCUGGGAAAGACUAUUCAGACCAUCUCGCUCAUUCUGGCGGAUCGUGCACUGAACCUCCGCGCAGACGAUUCAUCCGGUGCCACGCUGAUCCUUGCUCCCGUAUCGGUGAUGAGCAACUGGAGCACUCAGAUGAAGAAGCAUGUCAAGCCCGAACAUGCUCUCCGUGUUAUGUUCUGGCACGGUCAAAGGAAGGAACCCAUCACACCCAAGUCGAUCGAAAACUACGAUGUCGUGAUCAGCACUUACGAGUCUGUUGCUUCUGACUGGUACUCGCAGACGAAGCCUACUGUCCCACGACGAUCCGGACCCUUCUCUAUCAAGUGGCGCCGAGUCAUCCUCGAUGAGGGCCAUGGCAUAAGGAACCCGAAAGCCAAGAAGACAAUCGCCAUCACCAAUUUGAUCGCGCAGUCCCGCUGGACGCUUACUGGCACUCCAAUCAUCAACAAUCUCAAGGAUCUCUACUCUCAAGUCCGUUUCCUACGUCUUUCGGGUGGUCUUGACUCUUUCGAAAUCUUCCACAGUGCCAUCAUGCGUCCAGUCAUGCAAGGCGACGUUCAAGGCCACAAGGUGCUCCAGCAGCUGAUGUCGGGUAUCUGUUUGCGUCGCAAGAAGGAGAUGUCAUUCAUUGACCUACGACUACCUGAGCUGUCUGAAUACGUACAUAAGAUCAAGCUACAUCCGCAUGAACAGGAGAAGUACGAUGCCUUGGAGGCUCAGGCUAAGGGUACGCUGGACGUCUACAAGCACAACAUCGGGAAGAAGAACGCCGGGGAUACUUACCGCCAUCUCCUUGAGGUACUGCUCCGAAUGCGACAAGUUUGCAACCACUGGCAGCUCGUGGGCGAAGAGCGCCUCGACUCCAUCAUGAAGCAGCUCGAAGCAGAAGGGGUUGUCGAUCUUACAGAAGAGAACAAGGCCGCGCUCCAGAAGAUGCUUCAACUCUCCAUCGAAUCGCAGGAAGACUGUCCGAUCUGCUUGGACGUAUACAAAGAGCCCGUCAUCACCAAAUGCGCUCACGUCUUCUGCACUCCCUGUCUAGAACGCGUUAUCGAAACCCAACACAAGUGCCCCAUGUGCCGUGCAGACUUGGAUUCCAUCGCAACUACAACAGUGAAACCUGCAAAGGAACUGUCCGGCGCUGCUCCAGCGCCGUUGACACAGGACCAGAUCGCCGACAGGCAAUCUCUCGAGAAGAACACCAGUACCAAAGUCGAGGCACUUCUCGACAUUCUCCGGGCAUCCGCCAACGACCCCACAAACAAGACCAUCAUCUUCAGCCAAUGGACUUCUUUCCUCGAUCUCCUAGAGCCACACCUCACCCUCUACGGUCUGAAGUACGUACGCAUAGACGGCUCCAUGUCCGCCACACAACGUGACGUCGCCCUCGAAGCACUAGACUCCGAUCCAAAGACGACCAUCAUGCUCGCCUCACUCGCCGUGUGCAGUGUCGGCUUGAACCUCGUUGCCGCAAACCAAGUCGUUCUGGCGGACUCGUGGUGGGCGCCUGCCAUUGAAGAUCAAGCCGUGGACCGCGUGCAUCGACUAGGGCAGAAGCGCGAGACGAAGGUCUUUCGUCUGGUAGUCGAAGGUAGUGUAGAGGAGCGGGUGUUGGGUAUUCAAGAGGAGAAGAGGAAAUUGAUGGGCUUGGCGUUUGCGGAGAAAGAGGGCGGGAAGCAGAGGAAGAAGAGGGCUGGAGCUGGUCUGGGUGACCUUCAGAGGUUGCUCGGGACGCAACAGCCUGCUAGUCAGACGCAGACGCAGACGCAGACACAGGCUGCUUAG